AUGCCGGUGGUCUACGAAGGCGAGGCGCCGGAGACAGACGACGAAGCCGAUUUUUCGGAAGAGAUCCCUCCAGUGGAGACGAAAGUUAUAGCGGAGAAAUCUCUGAAAAAGUAUUUUUUACUUUUUUUUGAGUUAAGGAUACGAGGUGCCUCAAAAAGAUUAUCGCAAAAAAAGAAGUUUUUAAAAAAAUAUGAAAAAUAGGUUAAAAAUCCUUAUCAGGCCAUCAAAAAAACUUAAGUUUAAAGUUUGAAAAAAAGUUGUUGUUUUCCUUUACCAGAGAAUGGUCUCCGGUCGCAGUGGGACUUCUAAAUGAGACCGGGUUUGUAGUUUUUACGCUGAUUCCAAAUCUGGCCUCAUAAACUGCCGAGAAUCUGUGAAAGACGUUAGGUACUCUCAAAAGUCAAAAAUUUUGUAUGUUUUUUAUAAAUUUCAUUCUCAUAAAAACCAGUAAAAAACCGAGUCGAAGAGGUACCCGCCUGCGAUUUUUGAUAAUAAUAUUAUUUAUUUACAGGCAGAAAAAAAUAACAUGUACAUUUAAAUCAGAACUUAAAAGAAUUUUUUCCAUAUUUCAGAAAUUUUUCCAGAAUACUAGGAAAUUCUAGAAAAUUUGAACUUACUGUAAAUUUUUUUUUUCAAAAAGGAAGAGUUCGAAGCCCCGACACGUCGACGAGCGACUCGUCGAGCGAUGGCGCAACCUUGGUCGUGACGUCACGACGGUCUGCCAAAAGAGGACGCAACCCGCCGAGAAACUCGUCGAGCAGAUCGUCGCCGUCGCUUCAGACACUUUCACCUCCAUGCAGGUUGUCUUUUCAGUUCAUGGAUGUCUACCGAAAGAUUCAAAACUUGACGAACAGAACCAGAAGACAAGAUCAAUGAAAUUCAAACUUUUUGUCGAAAUUUGAGUCUGAAUUGCUUCAUAAACCAAUUCCACUUUAUUUUUGCCUUUUAUGUUCUAUUCUUUCAAAUGACCACGAGGAACAGUAAAAAUUUAAAAAGUUCCGAAAUAAAAACUAAUUAAAAUUAGCAUAUCAGUCGACAGAGCAAAAAUAGUAAAUUGGACUCCAUAAGAUGAUGAAAAAAUUCAAAAAAUUAAAAGGUCUCAAUUUUGAGAUUUUUAAAAAUUGCUUUUCACUUUUUUUCCAUUGAGUCAAGUAUUAAUGCUGCUGAUAAAGAUUGAAAUCGUUUUUGUAAACUGCCGUAAAAUUUUUUCUUCUAGUGAGUUUUUUUUCCUAAACCUGCUUUUCAGAAUGUUUAUAAAUCUUCUGGCCCAUUUUUGCUUUAAUGAAAUUUAAUGAACCUAUUAGUAUUGAUUUAAGGUGGAGAAGAAUGAAAAGAACAAUUUUCGAAAUGAUGAUUUCUGUUUUUUAAUUCUCCAGGAUCUUUCUGGAGUUUUCCAUCAUGGUAAAUUGAGAUGGAAAAGAGUCAAAAUUCAAAAAAAAAAAAAGAAAAAGCCGUUUUCCUUCGAUAAGAUGUUCGAGUUACUUCAAAUCCUUUCUCUGAUCCACUUCAUAAGCCAAACCUUGCAGCACGUCGGAGUCAAGCUGAACGUGACGAGUUCGAACUUGGCGCGUCUGGAAGACAGCAUCGCCGACCUCGCCGAAGCCGCCAAACUCAUUCCUUCCAAUCUUCCCUCCAAAGCUACUGUGAUAAAUCCCUAA